AUGACUCCAGCGAGGCACGGAGAGCCCAGAGAAGACGAGGUAGCGAAGAGCGAGCGAACUCAAACGCUGCUGCCCCGCGGCCGCCAGCCACAUGCGGAGGAAGAAGUAGCCAGAGCUGACUUUCAGGCCACUGUCACGUUCUUCGCAGGCGCACGUGGCCCGGACGUUGGGCCCAGGACCCGGUGCCAUGACGGCCGCACAGGCGGUCGCGCUGCUGCUGGAGCUCAGCUGCUGGGGCUCAGCCCUGUGGAGGUAGACAAACGCCAGCUUCUGGAGCGGCAUUCCAGAGUACUAACCAACCAUUUCGCCAUUGUGGGACAGAAGCCUAUCAUAUAUACAACAAUUAGAAGGAAAACUUAUAUACCAGAUGACACACUGAUAAACUGGACUUGGCGUGUUAGUCUUCCAAUGACCAACGAUGAUGUGAUAAAGAAUAUCAAAGGAAACCAAGUGAUUUUCCAAGAUUGCUUUAUUGCAGAUUUCACUUUCCUGCUGACUUUUCCCGUUAGGCUCCAACCGGAGAUUCCUGGGUUUCUACCAAUCUCUUCGCCAGCUGGCAGUCAGUUGAUGCUGUCCUGGGAUGCUUGUUUUCCUUCAGUUGCUGUUGUGGUGGCUGACAUGGAGACCUUCCAAACAAAUGAUUCCUUCUGCACCUGGACCACAGUCAGGGUGCCACCAGACAUCCUGAGUGACGCCGAAAGGCACAGUGUGUCUGCUGUGCUUCUGUUGCACGACAAUAUAUAUUUUCUAAUAAAUGGUGUUCUUUACCUAAAAGAUAUCAAGAAGAUGAUAAAACUAGGAAGACAGAAUCAUCUUCCUGAGGGUGAAAUUAUGGGGAUUACAUCAAGAAGAUGGUGUUGGAUCAAAUAUAUAAUUAAGAACGUAAAACAAAUAAGCAACAUUGCAGUCUGGACAAAAAAUGAAAUUUACUUUGGAUAUCAUGAAAAUAAAUUUGUCAAAAUGAUAAGCACUACAGAACUGAAAAGCCUUUUAAAUCUUCCGCCAAGCAGUACCCUGACAAUACACAACGUCGACUAUACAGGGCACCCUCUGGAAUUUGCCGUGUUGUUAAAUUAUUGCAUCACAUGCACUCACACCAAAAAGAUUUACAUAGUGAUAUAUAAUGAAGACUCCAUGCAGUGGGUGCCUCAAGACUUCGUGUUAGACGUCCCCUUCGACAGUUUUUUAGUUCCUCGUUUCCUCUUGUCAGGAUUGCCAGAAUUAAUCCUGUGGGACAAGCACAAGAUAUACUACUCUUAUCAAAAUUUCUCUUCUACUGGAAUUCUAAACACAGCUGCAGGACAUGGAAAUCUGUCAGCAUUAUCAAGCGAUAGCAUUAUUCAUGACAUUUAUGUAGAUUCUCAGGGGAAUAUUGUGACAAAAAUGGAAAAUAAUAUAAUGUUUUAUUCCAAGAGUAAUACUGAAGAUGCAUUAAAGUUACAUUUAUGGACAAGUGACACAAUAAAAUCAUCAUUUUGUGUUAGUGCAUCUGCUCAAAUAUACCUUGUGUAUGUUUUUGACAAUGGAACAGUACAACCACAGGAGUAUCCCUUAAUACUGGAGUUACAAAGUGUAGCUUUCAAAAUGAAAGAAAAAUGCCCAUACAUGAUGUUUCAUGAUAAUAUUUCAGAUUCGUUUUACUUUUUGGACAAGGGACACAGCCUGAAAGUGUGGGCUGAAAUAAUAUAUCCAGAAAAUACUGGUCUAGAUAUUAUGGUGAAAGUCUACGGUCCACAAAUAUUAGAACAUGAAGAAUCUUCUCACUAUGAAAUUGCUUUAGGAUACUGCACUAACACCCUGGUGAGUUAAUAUUUUACAUUUCUUCAUUCAUUUGAUUGUAAUGAAUAUAAAAGUAUCAUGUUCGACUACCAAAAGGAAAGACACAAGAACAUGGGUAAUGUGUUCGUUCAACUUCGGCCCAGUCAACAUGCAAAUGUAUGUCCAGUGACCCAGAAGGUGUUUCAGAUUGGUGUUGGCUGUGACCCUCAAAAAUUUAUUGGAGUUAAAGGGUUUAGCAAAACAGAAUGUACUCGGCAUGAAUUUUUUUAUGAGAUUGACAAGUCAUUUCUGAGACACGAACCACUUGAAAAUUUGAAAGUGAGGUACGACUGGGAGAAAUUUGGCUGCCCACUGAGACUUAACGGCCACGAAAAGUUUCAACCUUUGAUUCAGUUAUUUGACGACAGUGGCCACAUUGAAGAUGUGGCAGUAAAUUUCAUACUGUGGGAAAUCCAUGGCAGGAAUGAUUAUAGUUACAAUAACAGCAUGAAGCAGAGCGGUUGUUUAAAUGAAGCCCAGACAUGGAAGACCAUGACCGAGCUCCACAAGGACCUCCCACUGGAAGAAGUCUGGGGGCCGGAGAACUACAGGCCCUGUUUUUCUUAUGCUAUUGGAAAAUCAGGAGACUUAGAUCAGCCAUAUGAAAUUAUCAACAUUUCUAAUAAGAACCACAUAUUUUGGCCCUUGCACCACUCUGGAAUGUAUGUGUUUCGUGUGAAGAUCCUGGAUCCAAACUACAGUUUCUGUAACCUAACGGCUACAUUUGCUAUAGAGAUCUUUGGAGUGAUUCCCAGAACAAGCGGCUACCUGGUUUCUGCCAUUGUCUUCGUCCUGAUGCUGCUGUUCCUCACUGUUCUAGUUCUGAGCUACUUCCAGUACAUGAAUCUUUAUAAAAGAAAUGUUUAUAGCCCUUAUAAAACUCAAGUAAAACUAAAGCAAUAUUAA